GAACCAUCUCUCCUAGCUCCCUCUCUUCUCCAACCAUCAAUCGAACCACAAUCUCUCCUCCUCUCUCCCGUUUCUUCACAUCUCUCCGCUGCCGCUGCUCUUUGCAAGCUUGGCCGAUUGAUCGAUUGCCAUUGACCAUGACGAAGCACGGCGUUGUGCUUGUCCCCGAGGACGCCGCCGCCGCGACGCGGCAUUUCUCGUUCCCGCCGCCGAGGACGGGCGACUCGUGCAGGAAGCUGGCCGCGCAGAUCGACAUCGGCGCCGCCAUGAUGGGGUCGUGGCUGGACUCCAUGAAGGCCUCCUCGCCGAGGCACAGGCUCAUGGCGCCCGUGGCCGCCGCCGGCGCCAGCGACGCGGAGCACGACGAGUGGAUGGAGCGGCACCCGUCGGCAUUGGGCCGGUUCGAGGCGCUGGCGGCGGCGGCGAAGGGGAAGCAGAUCGCGGUGUUCCUGGACUACGACGGCACGCUGUCCCCGAUCGUGGAGGACCCCGACUGCGCCGUCAUGACCGACGAGAUGAGAGACGCGGUGCGCGGCGUCGCGGAGCAUUUCCCGACGGCGAUCGUGAGCGGCCGGUGCCGGGACAAGGUGUUCGGCUUCGUGGGGCUGGCGGAGCUGUACUACGCCGGGAGCCACGGGAUGGACAUCAGAGGCCCCACCGCGGAGCCCAACUCGAGCUCCAACCACCACCUCGCGCCCAGCAAGGCCAAGUCGGUGCUGUGCCAGCCUGCGAGCGAGUUCCUGCCGAUGAUCGAGGAGGUUUACGGCGCGCUGGUGGCGAAGGUGGAGUCGAUCCCGGGCGCCAAGGUGGAGAACAACAAGUUCUGCCUGUCCGUCCACUUCCGCUGCGUCGACGAGAAGAGAUGGGGCGCGCUGGCAGAGCAGGUGAGGUCCGUGCUCAAGGACUACCCCAGGCUGCGGCUCACCCAGGGGAGGAAGGUGCUGGAGGUCCGCCCCAUGAUCAAGUGGGACAAGGGCAAGGCCCUCGAGUUCCUGCUCGAGUCGCUGGAUUAUGCUGAGCGCAGCGACGUUUUCCCGAUCUACAUCGGCGAUGACCGCACGGACGAGGACGCGUUCAAGGUGCUGCGCAGCAGGGGACAGGGAGCUGGAAUUCUCGUGUCCAAGUUCCCGAAGGAGACCAGCGCGUCCUUCUCCCUCCGCGAGCCAACUGAGGUCAAGGAGUUCCUGCGCAAGCUGGUCGACUCCAACAGCUGAUGGUUGAGCAGCAGCCUAAGAAGGAUCGAGAUCCAAGUGAUGACCAACUCUAUCUAGAAAUUAUCUAACUCGGCCGUCCCUAGCUCCCUCUCAACAGCAGAGGAGUUCUUGUAUCUCAGCCUAGAAGAACGUAGGAUCUAGUAUCUCGUGUCCAAUCCUUAUUGUAUCUUCAUUUUUUCAUUGCUGCUGCUGCUGCUGUUUUCAGUACCAUCGAUCAUUAUCUCUAGGCCUCGCCUCGGAAGGCUUCUAUUAUUGCGCCAUUCUCGCGAGGCAUUUGUUGGCCCCUUGUAUCAUGGACAAGUAAUGGAAUCCGUUUUCCCUGCUCGUUAAA